UUUAAUCUAUCUAUUGAUAUCAUCAAAACCUCCAACACCGUCAGCCAACUUACCUACCACUUAUCAUUUCUCUAUCCCGCCUUUCCACCACUCACCAUGCAUCAGCGAACCUAUACAUACGUCCUCGCGCCUAGAUGGGACUUCCGUCCAGAUGGCCCCAUCGCCCUCGGAAACAUCAUCGUCGAUCCAUUCAGACCGCACCGGGUCCUAACAAGACCCGACCCAGACAUCCCGACCGCUCCCAUCGAAACGGUGGUCGAAACCGACUGGUCGCUACAUCACCAAAGGGAGAAUGGUGUCAAGUCAAGCAUCUGGACCCACUUCCUCAACGCCAUGGGCGUCGACCUCGGUUUCGAGGGCAGCAGGUCCCUUGAUGCCGACUACACUGUUGACUCCCUGACAACCAGCUAUUUCAGGGACGAGCCCUCCCAUGAAGAGAUCAUUCGACGCACUCAAGAUGGCAAGAUCCGAGAUCUGAUGCGCCUGGAUAGUGUGUUUUCCAAGCCCGUCUAUAUGAUCACUGGCGUCAAGAUUGCAAAGGGAUUCCGUCAAUCUGAAAGCCGUUCCAGCUCCAAGGAAGCAAAUGCUGGGGCCAAAGCCGGUACAUCGGGAACGGUUAUUGGCGAUGUCACUGUUGGCACGGACAAUAAAAUCUAUUCGAAGGAGUCCGACAAACACCAGGGAAAGACAGAGAAUGAUAUAGUGUUCGCCUUCCAGCUCAUGAAGAUCGUGCCGAAGGGGUGGAAGCACAAGUCCUUCGAUGUGGAGGACUUCUAUCCCAAGGCUGCUCUGCUGCUGGGCGAUGAAGAAGAAGAAACUGAGACCGAACUCGAUGUGUCUUAUGCCACGGCGGCGGAUUUCGCUGAUUCAGACCUGGAUAUUCAGUUCAAUAUGAUUGAGCUUAAUGAUAGCCAGGGUGCGUUCAAAUGUGUUUCUGCCGUGGCGUAAGCUAGGAUGCGCGCAAAUGAAUGGCUCUUGUAUACUUUGUUCUGAUUGGCGUUUCCUCUCUGCUGUUAAUGUGCUUUUCAUUCAUUGAUUCGUCCGUUUUGCCAACGUCUCUAAAUCUGUUAUACAGUAUAUAAA